AUGUCCAUUGCAGUCCUGCCCGUCGAAUUGAUCUCAAAAAUAUGUAACCAUUUGGAUUACCAGCAAUUGGUUGCUCUGAGGUUAUCAUGUCGCGCAUUGUACCAAAACUCACUGGAGAAUUUUGGGAAGACCUAUUUCCGAAAAAUUCGUUUCAUUGUGACAAGUGAAGGUCUCCACGAACUGGAAGCACUAUCCAAGUCAAAUGGUCUCCGCGAGCACGUUCAAGAGCUAUGGAUGAUUCCUGUGGUGUUCGAUGGCGCUGAAGGGUCCCUCGGCAUGAUAUCUAUAUCGUCAAAAAGCUGCCGGCAGGUCAAAGGCGACGAGCUGGAAAGCCGGCGUGCUGUCCAAAAAGACAUGCUUGCGGACAAUCGCAACCUGCUGGAAUCAGAAACGUUCAGUCUUCGACUUCGGGAAUGUAUGGAUCGAUUCAAGAACAUCCAAACAAUCGGACUCGCACAUUACAGAACGGAAUUUUUGCUUGACCCCCGACAGCAGACAGUUCCAUUCCUCGGAAGGCGACAGAUGAUGAGCCGCAUCGACUUUCGAUUCGAUGUUUACAGCCUGCAAGAGUCUACGCGCACCCACCAGGAUAGUCAGAUACGGAAAAUGAACUCCUUGGCGUUAUCAAAGCUUUUUCUUGCGUUAUGUGGCUUAAGCUGCAGACCCCGAAAGCUAUCCACUUGCGAUUCUAAAUUCUGCUGUGAUAUCGGCCCCAGGAUUGCCCUCUCCGAAGAGCAAUUUGAUUCUCUACUAUCUACUUUAGAAGACCUCGAGGAUCUUCAUUUAUGCAUCGAUCUCGAUGAGGCGGCUUGGCUGAAGCUUUUCAGGAAGAUUGCACCUCAACUGGAAGUACUGACCCUGUCGCAACAUCAUAUGCCUUUUGAUCUUGUUCAAGAUGACAUGCAUGCCUAUCCGGCUAAAAGCUACGUUGGAAACAUGUUCCAUGACAUUAGCUUCACUCGACUCCGAAACCUUCAUAUAAAGAAGCUUGAUAUCGAUUUCAGCUCUUUGAGAUCACUUUUGCUCAGUGUCAAGAAAGGUCUGGUCACUCUUACAGUCAAACGGGUUAGAAUGCGCAGCGAGGAGUCAGGAGCCACAGAAAAUCCUCGAUCACAAGAUGCUGAGUCCCCUGACCGCCAGGAAAAUGAAAGAUCUGUCCGAUAUACAUCGCCAUUAUAUCAACCCACAGUGCCAUCCCACCAACCAACCUCGCCAUACGAUGAACCUACAGUGCCACCAUACCAACCAACCUCGCCAUACAAUGAACCUACCGUGCCACCAUACCAACCAACUUCGCCAUACGAUGGACCUACCGUGCCACCAUACCAACCAACUUCGCCAUACGAUGGACCUUCAGUCCGAUUAUAUCAACCAAACUUGCAAUCAUAUGGACCUACAGUCCCAUCAUUUCAACCAACACCGCCAUCAUUUUCAACAUCUUCACCGUACAGACCGACUGUAUCCCCACAAGAAUAUGGACCAGCCCCUCUAUCAGUCCUACCAGCAUCAGAAACAGCAUCAGCCGAAAGUGCACCCCAAUCACCCCAGCAUUCCUCGGCUUCCGAUUCCUCUGAGGCGUCGACAGAAGAAUAUUGGAGCAGAAAGUGGAUGUCUACAUAUCACCCAUAUGAGCCAUCCGAAACAGCUGGAGGUUUUGUCUGUCCCACCCGGGAAACCGUAAUGGCAUGGAAACGCAACGAAGAAAAGAUCACUUCUGUGCCCAGCUUUUUGAAAUUUUUACGGAACGAGUUAUCUCUAGAAACACUCUCCCUAGAAGAUAUUAUCUGUGACGACAAUUAUUACGAUUUCGAAAGAAUCGACAGUGCAGAUAAACAAAGGGGCAAAGUGGAUUUUGACAUUCACAAAGCCAAUAUUUCGUUGAAGGAUUGGAUUUCCCGGUUAAGGCCAAUUGCUAGCUGCCCGGCCGAUCGCAUUAUUAAGCGCAAGGAAGACAAAGGUUAG